GCGCACUUUAGAUACAUGCGCGAGACGGUUGGAAUCAGCACCUUGCCGCGCCCAGGCGUCAACCCGUACGCCAAGGUGCUCUCGCGGGUGCGCCGACGCAGCGUCGACGAGCUGCGCCCAAACCACCGUAUGCAGCGCUGUGAGAGUGCGCCGCUGCCGCCUGCGCACUCGACUCUAGGACUACCGGUCGUGCGCCGCGCCGUCUCGGACCCGAUGAUGCUCUCUAUUGUGCCGCGACCACUCCCGCCGGCGCCGAGCCGGUCGCUCUGCCCGGGGGAUACCAUCCACCUCCUCUUCCGCUGGUCCAACACCCACAUGCAGGUCUCUGGCAGCCUCGUCUACAGCCCACGCGCCAACUUUUGGUCGGCGGGUCGCGUCGACUGCUUUCCGUUCGACAGCUCGAUGCUCGGCGUCGAACACAAGCUCAAGCUCCAUGCGCUCUCGUCGGCGGUCGGCGUCUGCGACGGCGACGAAGUUGUCUUCACACGCAGCGACGGCACGUACCUCGCAGUGGGCCGCCAUGGUCGUCUCUGCUUUCGCAGGCCCACGCCUGGACAGCUCGUGUUUCCGAGGCAGGCGCGGUUUUCGAUCUCGUGCACCGAAGUGGGCGGCGUCUUGGCCAAGAGCUUUUACCUCCGGUCGGUCGUGACGCAUCAGCUGGUCGGGUACGAAGCCCAGCCCAAGCGCCACGCGGCGUCCCAGUUUGUACGCCCGGUGGGCCGCCUCGUGCUCUACGACGAGCAACGCGAGCACACGCGGAGUCUUCCCGUUGUCUUCUUCAAGCGCAGCCACACCUCACUGCGCGAGAGCGAAUUCAUCCAUCGCCAAACAAGCGGGCUAGUCCGCGUCUCUGAAUAUUACAUUUAAAUCCACUAAAUUAGAGCCAUUUAUUCGUGUCUGCCCAA